UGGUGGAUAGGAUGCGAGGAGCUGCAUCACUCCUCUAGAUUCUCUCACGAACCGACUGACCCGCUGCAAAACAUGAACAUGAAAACUGUGGGAGGCAGUUUGAUCAGUUUGGCAUGAAGUUAGAUAAAACGUGUAAACAUCAGUUUUAUUUAGAACUUCUUUGUGUUUCAAAAUACAAUGAUACUGAAUACGAAAUACUUUUUUAGGUGGCAUACUGGAACUUUAGCAUGUUGGUGUGAACAGAAAAGGACCCAAGAAUCAGCUGAUAUUGAUGCAAAACAUUUCCCUCGCUGGUUCCCUUCAGUCUUAUCAAAACAGCACUUUAAUUGCUGUUUAUUGUCUCUUCAGCUUUGCAACUCGGCAUCAGAUUACAAAGAGAAUUUUUUUAUAUAUAUAUGACUUAUUCUGCCCGACUAACAAUGCCAAAAAAAGAAAACAAAAUGUUGCCAAAACAAGUUGAUAAUGGGAGGGUGACAUUGAUGUAUUAUAUUCAAAACUGCUUUUAAUAUAGCUUAAAACUUAAGUAAUGUAUUCAGCAUUCAUCAGCUCACAUGGUGUUUAAAAGCAACACCAGGUACUGAAUUUAAAUUAUUAAGCAUUUAAUAUUCAUAAAAAGCACAACUAUUUAAAUGAUAUAAUUAACAAAUGCCUAACAAUCUAAAAUAACAUGUUCACAGAGUAAAAAUGGUCACCAAAGCCUAAAAAUACAACCUCUCUUCUAACAGAAACUUUAAAUCUGAAUGCUCCCUCUCUUUAAUCUAUUUUUGGCUUCCACCGUGUUACAGGAGAGUGAAAAAGAUUAAAGCACAAUAAAAAUAAAGAAAGAAUAAGGUAGAGCAGCACUGAGAUUUUGACAAAUAUUAUUAAAAGCACAGCUGUUUUCAAAAGUAUACAUACCCCUGUUAAAAUUUAUUGUUUUUGUCGUGUUAAAAAUUAGAUCGAGAUGAAGCUUAUUCCACCUUUGAUCUGACAUGUGUCCUUUGCAAUUAAAAAAAAAUUAUCUAAUGUGUUUAGUGUAAUAAAUGUGCACAAAAAAUUCUCUGACAUAGCUGCCUAAGUUUACACACCUUUAGACAUCUUGAAGCUGUUAUGAUUUAAGUGAUUGAACUAAUUUAUUUUCAUUUUAGUUUCUGUGUUGAGUAUUUUCUUAUGGUUUAUUUAUUUGCUUAGCACUUGCCAUUUUAGUGUAUCAAUUUAAUGUGCUAGACUGGUAGAAUCAAAGGUGUUUUAAUAAAGUAUUGGUUAAAGGUUGCAACCAGGAAAAUGCAACUUUGAAUUUUUUAUUUAAUAUCAAAAGAUUUUCUGCAAAUAUGUAAUUUAACUUGAAAGGUGGGAAAAGUUGCAUUCAUCUUGUUUUUUUUAAAGCCACAAAAACCUCAUAUUUUGCCAAUGAUGUGAAAAUUUUUAAAUUAAGAUUUCAAGCCAAUUAAUUUCCAAAUUCACUUGCCAACGUAGUGAGGCCACAGUCUGAACCUAAGUGAUAGUUUGAAAGCAAAACUGCAGUCACUAAAUUCACUCAUACAUAAAAAAUAGUUGAACUAUUUAUAUCUCACUUUCCUCUGAUCUGAUGGCCAUUUGCCAGAGAACAUUGUUUAGAGCUCCUAUUGUUCAAAGCAACAGGAGCUUUAAACAAUUCAAGCAGCUUGUUGUGCUGCUUUGAACCGUCAACACAGAUGUCAAAACUGAAACAUUCAAAUUUAUGUCCUGAAAGAUCACAUUCCAGCCUUGUAGAAAGUUACCAACCGGUUUUAAGUUCCUUCUCAACUGGCCAAUGAGGCUUUAUUUCCUGUUUGCCAGCCAUGCUACAUUCGGGGCUUUCUCACACUGCUGCAUGACUGAUGUUACACCCACAGAGGCCAAGCACAGGAAAACCAGGGACAUUUGCCUCUUCUCAUCAAGAACAAUAGAUCAGCUUGAAGUUAACACAAACAGAGACUCUAGGACGGCGUGCGUUGGAACCAAAGAGCUUUCUUUUUUAACACUGAGCGUUUGACAUUCGUAAGGUAAGGAUCAUGUCUCUCCCAGAGGAGGAUCUGACAUGUCCAGUGUGCUGUGAUAUCUUCAGGGAUCCUGUUCUGCUGUCGUGCAGCCACAGCUUCUGCAGAAGCUGUUUGAAGAAAUGUUGGGACACAAGGACAAGGGAAUGUCCAGUUUGCAGAAGGAAAGCGUCCAAAUGCCCUCCUCUGUCCAAUUUAGCCCUGAAGAAUGUCUGUGAAGCUCUUCAGCAGGUGAGGAGGCAAAACUCUAUAGAGGAGCAGGGGAGGUGCAGCUUACACGGGGAGAAGUUGAAGCUGUUUUGUCUAGCUGACGAACAGCCCAUCUGUGUGGUGUGCCAGACAUCCAAACUUCAUAAAAAUCACGACUGUUCCCCGGUUGAAGAGGCACUUCUGGACUGCAAGGACAAACUGGAGCUUAUGCUGAAAAGCUUGGAAAGCAAACUGGAGUACCUCGAGAGAAAACACAGGACCUCUGCUGACAUGUUGGCAUACAUUAAGUAUCAGACACUGACAACUCAAAACAAGAUAAAAAAACAGUUUGAGCAGCUACAUCAAGCCCUCUGUGAGGAAGAGUCGGUCCGGAGAGAAGCUGUGAAGAAGGAGGAAGAGGAGAAGACUGCAUCGAUCAAAGCAAAAAUGAAUGAACUUUCAGCAGAAAUGCUUUCUGUCGCUGAGACCAUGUCUGCCAUCAAAACACAGCUGAAAGAAGACGAUAUGAUUAUAUUACAGAAUUUUAAAGCCACUCAGGGAAGGGAUAAAGAUAUGGAGGAUGAUUUAGAUUGCAUGUCGGGUUUACUGUUAGAUGCAACAAAACAUCUCUCUAACCUGAAAUACAAUGUCUGGGAGAAAAUACUGGACAACACUGACUAUACCUCUGUAACUUUAGACCCAAACACAGCACACCCAUGCCUCGUCCUAUCCGAAGACCUGACUUCCCUCCACUACUCAAAGCAGCCCAGCUGUUGCCCUGACAACCCUGAGCGUUUCCACGUGAGUGCAGAAGUGGUAGGAAUGAGCUCGCUCGGCUCAGGAAGCCACCACUGGGUUGUGGAAACAGGAAGUAAUGAAGACUGGCUCCUGGGCGUGGCCUCAUUGUCUGUGCCGAGGAGCGCCGAGGUCGCAGCUCGGCCUGAAAAUGGCUUUUGGACUUUGUGCUUCCGGGACGGAGAGCUCAGAGCAAUGAGCUCGCCACCCACCCUGCUGACUGUUACAACUAAGCCCGAACAGGUCAAAGUUCAACUGGAUUACAACAAGGGAACAGUGACAUUUUUUGACCCUGUGGACAAUUUGCUCCUGUAUACUUUCACGCAGACAUUCACAGAACCUUUAUUACCAUAUUUUUAUACACAGAGUAGUCACCCUCUGAGAAUAAUGCCAGAGAAGGUGCUCAUCACCGUGCUGCGUCAGUAAGUAGGUUUUCUUUCUGUCUUUGUUCCUUUUUUAGUUUUCCUGUUCUCCCAAAACAAUGUUCCUAAAUGUCUGCCUUCAUUUUAUAAAGUUCUGGACACCAAUCCUCAUGUUUAAGCACAGAAACUUUCAGCUUUUAGUUCAAACCAACUCCAUCCUCUCAAAUCCAAGUAAUCUCAUUGAAACACAAAACUUUGCUUUUAGGCAUUACAUAAAAGACUCCCCUCCGCAAAUAGAAAACAAGAAGUGUUUUGUAAAAGUAUUCAUAUUUCUUCAGCUUUUUACAUAUUUUGCCACGCUAAUAAAGCAAACUUUACUACCAGGACUGUUUGUUCAGAGGAUUGUGGUAUUUUUCUGCCGGAUGUAGCCAGACCAUGUUCUUCCACAGGUUAGUUAUGUCACUAGUGGAUAUGGAUUUGGACAGUUGUUUGUUUGAGGAUAUCAGAGUAAAGGAGGCCGAAUAUAAAUCCGCAUUACACUUUUCUGAUUUUUAUCUGCAAGAAAAAGACAACACCACAAAGCACCAAUUUAUUUUUUCACUUCGCAGUUAUGCAUUAGAUCGGGAAGGUGGUGGCAGUUUUGAACCGCACACUCCUGCUAUCUAAAUUUAUGGAUUUGGUUAAGCUUUUUAAAUAGCAACUAAAAUCUCACCUUUUUACAGCUGCUUCUGCAACACUUAGUGUUAUGGAAAAAAUGUUCUACUUACUUUACGUUUACUAACUUACAUAAAAUGAAAUGAAAGAUAUUUAGCACAUUUGAGGUUCUAACUUGAUGAAAUGAGAAUUUAUUUUAUUGACUAUAAAAAUCAUUGUAUCGUUUGACCUUUUAAAAAACUAUUAACCCUGGUUAUUCUACUUAAUGAAUGUUCAGAUAGGAUUUUCAGUGAUUUUUACUUUUGUUGCUCCAUUGUGAUAACUCUGUGGAAGCUGCACUGACUGUAUUAAACAGUACUAUGUAUCAGUUUGCACUAAAUUUACACUGAAAGGGCUGUAUGAAUAGAUUUGUAUUUAGACCAGGAGUCCAUGUUUUGUGCAUCCAGAGCUACAAGUGGAGCUUUAGAUUUAAAAUAAAUAAUUUUAUACAAGGACUUAUUGUUUGUAUAAUUGUCAGUGAUGGUCAAACAAAGUUAAAGCUAGUUUUAGAUGUUUUGCAACAUUUGGACUAGAACUAGGGAUUUUUGUCAGUUUGCUAAAUAAGUGAUUUUAAAAAAUUUAUUUAUUUUUUCUCAUUAAAUAAAACAAUCUGUACAAGUUUCCUUCUUCUCAAACUUGAUGCUAUCUUUUUUGAAGGUCCGUGUAACAUUUAGCUGCCCCAAGAUCAAAAAUUGUUAUUUGGAUUGUGCGGGUUUAGGCUCCUGAUUUAGUUCCAGGAACACAAACUGAGCCAAAUAUUAAAAUAUGUGAACAGUGUCAUUAUAUCUGAUGUGUUAUUUAGAAGAUCGGCCGGUGUUUUUUUUGUUUUUUGCUCAUAGGACAGUAAUAGAAAAUACUGUGAUGUAUUUUACCCCUGUGUGUAAUUUUGCUGCUGUCUUGUGUUGGUGACCAGUAAUAAAGAUUCUUUGUCAAG